AUGACAGACUCUCUGUCUCUCUCCACACCCCUUUGACGAUCAAAAGGCAAAAUUUUCUCCACCAUCAGAAAAUUUUCCCACAUUUUCCCGCACUUUCCCACUCUGGUUUCUCAAGAUUCGAACACGUUCCCCGCAUUUUGGAUGAUCAAAAUAUUUUCUGCAAUGCAGCUCACAGUCUCUGUCUUUUCGAGAUUUUGUUCAGCACCUUUGCUUUACCUCACUCCAGAAUCAUACUAAGCAACCUCUGGGACUGUAAAUUCCACCAAAUCCGAGACCUUUUCUUCUUUUUUGUAAUCAAAGAUUUUCGAAUCGGUGGUUGCUUGGUCCUAGGACGGGAUUAUCAGAGAAGUCUAGGACACUUCUGGAAAAAAGGAAAACAGCUUUGUCAUAAUGUCGGGCCCACCGAGACUUCGAUCGCAGAAUAUCGCCGAUACAGAAUCGCGACCUGUUCUCGGACCCGCCGGAAACAAGGCGACGCCAACUGAUAACCGUAAACCGGCAUCGAAACCUCUAAAGAAAGCGGAGAAACCGUCACAAGAAACGGAGAAGAAAGCGGGGGUUCAUCAUCAUUCGCCGCCGCAACGCUUCACGGUGCCGAUGAUUCUGAGGCGACAGAAGCAGCAGCAGCAAGAGCACCACCAGUACCAGACGAUGCUGUUGAAUUCGUCGAUGAAUGCGUCGUGUUCUUCUGAUGCAUCAUCGUCGACGACGGACUCAUCGCAUAGCUGGAGGGCUUCACGGCGGAGUGUUCCACCGCUUAGGAAGAAGCAUUUUGGUUCAAAAGCAGAGAAAGUUGAGAGAGUUGGGAGUGGGACUGGGAGUGUGCUGGUUAAGAAAUCAGUUGGUAAUGAGGUGGUAGCAGAGGAUUCGACUGAAGUCGUGGAUACCAAACGACGGUGCGCUUGGAUUACACCUAACACGGAUCAAUGUUAUGUUGCUUUUCAUGACGAAGAAUGGGGAGUUCCAGUCCAUGACGACAAGGAAUUGUUUGAAUUGCUCAGCCUUUCAGGUGCUUUGGCUGAACUUCCAUGGCCUGCAAUUCUAAGCAAAAGGCAUAUUUUUAGAGAAAUUUAUUUGGACUUUGACCCUAGUGCCGUUUCAAAACUAAACGAGAAAAAAAUAGCUGCUCCAGGAAGCGUUGCUAUUCCUUUACUGUCAGAACUAAAGCUGCGAUCCAUUAUUGAAAAUGCCCGUCAAGUCUGUAAGGUAGUUGAAGAAUUUGGGUCAUUUGACAAGUAUAUAUGGAAUUUCGUGAAUCAUAAACCAAUAAUUGGCCAAUUCCGGUACCCUCGACAGGUUCCUGUCAAGACCCCAAAAGCCGAGGUCAUAAGCAAGGAUCUGGUAAAAAGAGGAUUCCGCAGUGUGGGUCCGACUGUCAUCUAUACGUUCAUGCAAGUGGCUGGAUUGACGAAUGAUCAUCUUAUCAGUUGCUUCCGUUUUCAAGAGUGUUUAGCAACCGGCGGAGAAGAAUCAAGUGAAAAAGAUAGCUUGUUUAAGACCAAAAUAGAAGAGUUAUUACAUGAGGACUCUGUUGACUUGGACUAGCAACAACUAUAUAGGACGAUGAAUUCGGCUUCGCCGGAUCAAAGAAUAUUCUUUUUAAGGGUUUUGGAUGAUGAAUGUAAAGUUUUUUCUCCUUGUGAUUCUACCUGGCUUGUGCCGCUUUUCUUGAGAUGAUGCAUGUGGUUGUGAAUUGAGAGUUUUUUUCUUGUACAAAAAGAUUCGCAUAUAGAGAAUAGUUGGAUAUUAUAGCUACUAUUGAUUGA